AUCAUACCUAAGAUUGACGGAAUAAGAUGCGUGAAGGAGAUUGCCACUGAAGUAGAGAUUGAUGCGGAUCUGGUGAUGCGAUGCGUUAGUACAUUAAGGAACUUGCAUUUCUAUGAGUGUGUAAGUUUGGUGCCUCUGUUCUUGUACUCGAAUACUUACGUUGCGACAGAGAAAUUGCAUGACUUCUAUAAUGAUCAUGCGGAACGAGAGUUUGCUCGCCAUCGUCUAACUGAUGGUGAACUAGGCCCAGUCCCAAAAUUUUGCGAUGUCUUUAGAUUACUGAUGAGCCUCAAGUGCGGAAUUACUUUGCGUGAAUGGUGUGACACUAUGAUGCCACGUCGAUAUAAUGUAGACGAACGCCGCUUAGUUCAGUUUGGUAUGCAUCAUCAGUUUCUGCGAAAGUUGUCCAUAUAUCCCAUUGCUACAAUCCCAACUAAUGAGGUUGAGAGAUCAGGAAAGUGA